AUGGACUUUGGUGCAGGUGGUCAGCAACAAGCAGCAGCAGCAGCAGCAGUGGGUGCAACAGGAGCAACAACGGGAGCUGGAGCAGCAGCAGCAGCAGCAGCCGCCGCCGCUGCCGCCGCAGGAGGAGGACCACCCAAGAAGGCAAAGCGAACAAAGAAGAAGCGAGUAAAACAACCAGAGGAUCCCAACGCGCCACCCAAACCAAAGCGCAAGACGGGUUUGAACAAGCCCUUGAUCUUGAGUCCAGAGUUAUCUGCGUUUGUGGGUGGUGAUCCUGAGUUGUCGCGUCCAGAUAUUGUCAAACGGCUGUGGAAGUACAUCAAGGACAAUGAUUUGCAAGACCCAGCCGAUCGUCGCUUCAUUCUCUGCGAUGACAAGCUCAAGACGAUCUUUGACCAGGACCGGAUCAACAGCUUUGGUAUGAACAGGGACUUGUCUGCCCAUUUGACAAAGAAGCCCGAACCCGCGACAGAUGCAGAAGCUGCUGCAACGGAUGACGCUGCUGCUGCUGGCUCUUCUUCUUCUGCUGCUGCUGCACCAACAACAACAACAACAACGGUGGCAGACAGUGGGGCUUCUGCUACCUCAGGACGUGAUGAGGUAAGCAAUAACACGCUUCCAUCCAUCACCGCCGCGUCGACAGGUGCCAAUAUACUGGAUACAUCACCGGCAGUGACCGCCGAGACUCCGGACGUUGUGACACCCAAAGAAGGCGAGGGCAUGCUGCCCAACAACAACACUUCUUCCGCUGUUGCUGCUGCUGCUGCUGGUGGUAAUGCAACUGGCAACAACAACAACAACAACAACAGUGCGACGGCAUCCACUACGGCUACUGCUUAA